GUAAAUUUAUUUUGCCCUAUUGAAUUCGCUUUGACAAGUAUAUAAAUACACAUCUCAAUACGAAACUAUUUUGAGAUAGGCAACGUAUCAUAUACAACCCUUGAGAUAUGUAUUUAUACACUUCUCAAAGCGAAUUCAAUUAGAACCUCCUUCUGUUCCGGUAAAGUUUAAUUUGUUGUGUUCCGCCCUAGCUAUAAAAGUACGUACAUUGCUCUGGACAGCUCUCGCCAGUUGCCACUAGCUCGAUCACCAAGCUGCUAGUUGUCACCCUGCCCAGCCACAGCCACCAUGGACAUGGAGCUCCUCUUCUUGUACGCCCCAUGCUGCCUGGUGCUCGUCCUCUCCUCCCUUUACCUCCUGGGCCUCUACGCCGACAGCCGCCGCAACCUGCCUCCCGGUCCCCGGCCGCUUCCUCUCGUCGGCAGCCUCUUCUCCCUCGGCGCGCUCCCGCACCGCUCCCUGGCGCGCCUCGCGGAGCGCCACGGCCCGCUGAUGGCGCUCCGCCUGGGCACGGUCACCACCGUCGUGGCGUCGUCCGCGGACGCCGCCCGCGACGUCCUCCAGCGGCACGACGCCGCCUUCUCGGGGCGGUCGCUCCUGGACGGCACCCACGCGUUCGCGCACUACACGCACUCCAUGGUGUGGCUCCCCACCAGCAGCCCUCGCUGGCGCGCGCUCCGCAAGGUGUGCUCGGCGGAGCUCUUCGCGCCGCACCGCCUCGACACGCGCCAGUCCCUCCGCCGGGACAAGGUCCGUGCGCUCGUCUCCCACGUCGCGCGGCUGGCGCGCGCGGGCGCGCCUGUCGCCGUCGGCCGCCUGGCCUUCGUCACCGCGCUCAACCUGCUCUCCUCCACCAUCUUCUCCACCGACUUCGCCGACAUCGACGACGACGGCAGAUCGUCGUCGUCGUCGUUUAAGGGCAUUCUCGCCGAGCUGAACGCUACCGUGGGGUUGCCCAACGUGUCGGACUUCUUCCCCGAGGUGGCCCGGCUGGACCCGCAGGGGCUGAGGCGGCGCAUCGAGAGCCUGUUCCAGCGGCUGCACGCCAUGAUGGACAAGCAGAUCGAGCGCCGCCUGCAGGAUCGCGCCGCCGCCGCCGCCGGUCCCAAGAAAGAGAAAGACUUCCUGGACGUGCUGCUGGACUACGGCGGCGCCGAGGAGGACGAUGGCCGCCGGGGCUUCGAUCGUCAGACGCUGCUGUCGUUGCUCUCGGACCUAUUCAGCGCCGGCACCGACACAAGCGCAGCAACGGUAGAAUGGGUGAUGGCGGAGCUGCUACUGAACCCAACCUCCAUGGCGAAAGCUCGUGCGGAGCUCGCGGAGGUGAUGGGCUCCAGACCGGAGGUGGAGGAGUGCGACAUUGCGGAGCUCAAGUACCUCCAGGCCGUCGUGAAGGAGACGUUCCGGAUCCACCCGCCGGCGCCGCUCCUGCUCCCGCACCAGGCGGAGACGACGACGCAGAUCCGUGGCGGCGCCGGCGCCUACGCGGUGCCCAAGGGCGCGCGCGUCGUGGUGAACGUGUGGGCGAUCGGCCACGACGGCGAGGCGUGGCCGGAGCCGGACAAGUUCGUGCCGGAGAGGUUCUUGGUAGGAGACGGCCACGGCGACGAGAAGAAAGCAGUGGACUUCCGCGGCCGAGACUUCGAGCUCCUGCCGUUUGGGUCCGGGAGGAGGAUGUGCCCCGGGAUGCCGCUGGCGCUUCGCAUGGUUCAUCUCAUGCUCGCGUCCUUGCUGCAUCGAUUUGAGUGGAGGCUUCCUGAUCCGGCAUCAGAUGAUGGGCUGGACAUGAGGGAGAGGCUUGGGCUCAACCUGUCGAUGGCUACACCACUGCAGGCUAUGGCGACACCAGUUUAAUUUAAAUCAAUCAAUCGUGCAUCAUGCAUAUAUAUUAUAUUGAUGUAUACGUGUGCACACACUGGAUCAGAUGUGGUGAGUGGCAAGCUAAGCUAGCCGAGGACCCAUGGUGACCAACGUGUAAUUUCCACCUCCAUCUUUUCUUUUUCAAGUAGCGUGUGGAAUGAAAAACCAGGCAUAUAUAUCUAUAUGUUUUAAAUUAGCUCGCUAGGACCAUGCCUGUGUCGUUGCAACGGGAACAGAAUAAUGUCACGAUAAUUUGAACAUGUGUUGUAUUAUUAUCAAAAAAUGGUUUUAGAGUGUGAUGUUCAUAACAUUCA